AUGGACUAUCACCCCAAGGUUACCAUGCACAAGAUUACCAGCUCGCUCCACUCAGUUCACAGGAUCCUAGAUAGCAUCCUGGAUAGAGCCUCCGACGACAAACUAGACAGGCUAUACGAGAGCUUGAACAGUGAUCCAAGGGGUGGCCAGAAAAUUCUAGCAUCAGAGGCUCAUGACAUACAUGAGUUGGCAAAGGAGGUGCAGUUCAAGUUCUCCGGGUACAUGGAGAUGCAGAGAAAAGAAAAGAACAGGUUUGAGAGUACGAUAUCAACCUUGAUGAAGGAGAACCAGGAUAUCAGAAGCAUGCUGAAGAUUGCUGUAACUGAGAAGGAGGCAGCAGAGAAUAACCUUUGUGUGCUGAAGGAAGACAGGGAUCAGGGCAGAAGUGCAAUCCUGCAGAUUGCUGAAAAGGGAUUGCAGAAGGUUGGGUUUGGAUUCAUCAUGGAGGUGAUAAGUGGAGAAACAGAAAGAGAGGACAUGAGCAGCAGUGCCACUAACACAUCCAGUACUGGAACAGAGAGUAAACAGGAGGAGGUUGUCAGUCUGGCUUCACUAGUUGGACAGACAAUGGAAAAUAUGCACAAUGAGAUCAAAGACCUAAGGCAUGCCUUACACAAGUCCAGGUCAGAAUGGGAUCACUUGCAACUUCUUGCUGAUGAGCAGUCCCAGAAGGUUGUCAAACAGGAGGCACACAUAAAAGAUUUGGAAGAAAGAGAAAUAUUCCUAGUUCACAGUGUUGAAGAGCUCACUGUAGGUCUAAAAGAAGUAGAACAAGAGGCUGCAAGAUGGAGGGAAGCAUGCGAAUUGGAAGUGGAAGCUGGAAAAGUUGCCAUCAAAGAACUCAACCAGAAGAUCGCCUUGCUCACAGAAGAACUGAGAAGAGUAGAGGCAGACUUGGAGGCUGCAAACAGCAAGCUUAAGCUGAAAGAGAAAUUAGCUGCCAGUGCAAUGGCAGCACAAGCUGCUGCAGAUGCAUGCCUCAAGCUUGCUGACAGUAGAUCGGCUGGGCUACAACUGAGGAUAGAAGAGUUGACCAGACAGAUAGAGCAAGAAGAUGAGCAUGCAAGAAAGGAGAGAGGGAAUGCUUACAGAAGAACAAGAUACGCUUGCUGGCCUUGGCAGCCACUUCAGGUUAUAUCAGCAUCCUCUGGUGCCAGAAAAUGGUUUGUUGAUCAGAAUGGUCGGUUGCCACCUGGGACAGAAGCACUCCUGCAAAUAAGGAUUUGAAUAAUUUGUUUGGAGUUUCCUUAUACAAGAGAAAUCAUGUUUUGAAUGUCACAUGUGCCAUAUCUAAGGAGCUUUGAAGUAUGUUUAUAUGGCCUAGACAUUGGGUCUGACUUGUUUAGAUAUAGCCAUAAAACUUAAGUUAUUUUGCAUCUUAGUAUUUAUGGAAAUGUUUGGGACCUCAGAAAAUGGCAAAGAAAAGAAAAUAUUGGAGGGAAUACUCAAAUAUGC